CUCUCCACUCCCCACGCCACACCCUGAGCCUUUUAUUCCUCCUCUUUUCAGCCUCACCUCAGGCCAACCCUUUUCUGUUUCCAUCUCCAUUAAUGCUCUCGCUCCACUCCAGCAGCAAGAAAAAGGAGGUGGGAGUCACUGAGGAGCUCAGAAGAUGCCGAGGGCGCCAUUGCCGGAGUUCUCGAGCUCGGUGAAGCUCAAGUAUGUGAAGCUGGGUUAUCAGUACCUCGUGAACAACUUCGUCACCUUGCUCUUGAUCCCGGUGAUGGCGGCCGUCUACCUGGAGCUGGUACGGAUGGGGCCGGAGGAGAUCAUGGGCUUGUGGCGUUCCCUGCGACUUGAUCUCAUCCAGAUCCUCUGCUCCUUCUUCGUGAUCAUCUUCGCCGCCACCGUGUACCUGACGUCUCGGCCGCAGCCGGUGUACCUGGUGGACUACGCUUGCUUCAAGCCGCCCACCACCUGCCGCGUGCCCUUCUCCACGUUCAUGGAGCACACGCGGCUCAUCAGCUCGGACGAGAAGAGCGUCAGGUUCCAGAUGCGCAUCCUCGAGCGGUCGGGCCUCGGCGAGGAGACCUGCCUUCCGCCGGCCAAUCACUACAUCCCGCCCAGACCCACCAUGGAAGCCUCCCGCGCCGAGACCCAGCUCGUCAUCUUCUCCGCCAUCGACGACCUCGUCAGGAAGACCGGCCUGAGGCCCAAGGACAUCGACAUCCUCGUCGUUAACUGCAGCCUCUUCUCCCCGACGCCGUCGCUGUCGGCGAUGAUCAUCAACAAGUACAAGCUCCGCAGCAACGUUCGCAGCUUCAACCUCUCCGGCAUGGGCUGCAGCGCGGGGCUCAUCUCCGUCGACCUCGCCCGGGAUCUCCUUCAGGUGCACCGCAGCUCCAACGCGCUCGUCGUCUCCACCGAGAUCAUCACUCCCAACUUCUACGCCGGGAACCAGCGGUCGAUGCUCCUCCCCAACUGCCUCUUCCGCAUGGGCGCCGCGGCGAUCCUGCUGUCGAACCGCCGCCGCGACGCCCGGCGCGCCAAGUACCGCCUCGUCCACGUAGUGCGCACCCACAAGGGCGCCGACGACCGCGCCUACCGCUGCGUGUACCAGGAGGAGGACGCGGAGGGCCACUCGGGCAUCUCCCUGUCCAAGGACCUCAUGGCCAUCGCGGGGGAGGCGCUCAAGUCGAACAUCACGACCAUCGGCCCGCUGGUGCUGCCCAUGUCGGAGCAGCUCCUCUUCUUUCUCACGCUGGUGGGCCGGAAGCUGAUCAACCCCAAGUGGAAGCCCUACAUCCCCGACUUCAAGCUGGCCUUCGAGCACUUCUGCAUCCAUGCCGGGGGGCGGGCGGUGAUCGACGAGCUGCAGAAGAACCUGGAGCUGUCGGCGGAGCACGUGGAGGCGUCGCGCAUGACGCUGCACCGCUUCGGCAACACCUCCAGCAGCUCCCUGUGGUACGAGCUCAACUACAUCGAGUCCAAGGGGCGGAUGAGGCGGGGCGACCGGGUGUGGCAGAUCGGCUUCGGCAGCGGGUUCAAGUGCAACAGCGCGGUGUGGAAGUGCCUGCGCACCGUCAAGACGCCGGUCGACGGCCCCUGGUCCGACUGCAUCGACCGCUACCCGGUCGACAUCCCCGAGAUCGUCAGGCUCUGAACGAGCACGUCCGCUGCACCGCGUCCGAAUAACUUAUUAGUUCGAAUUUAUGGAUCUUUUCGCCCAAUUCAUUCAUCAUCAUCGUCGUCGUCGUCUUCUUUAUUUGUCUUCUUUUGCUCUUUUUGGGGGUUCUCUCCCUCCGUCCCUAUCUAUCUGUCUAUCCAUACAUGCGAGCAUGUAGUAACUGUGCCAUCGUCGCAAUUGAUGGAUACGUUAACAGAACAGUACUUUGUGAUACAAACUCGGGUUAGGUUUGA